AUUGGUCAACUGCCACGUCAAUCAAAAUGCCCAGCACGCGAUUGGCAUAAAUGGGUCUUUUCGCUCCACCUUCACUCCGCGUUCGGAACACUUCCGCUAGGCCACCAUGCCCUGCGGAAGUUGAAUUGUUACAGUUAGACACUGUGGAAACACUGGAGUGGUCGCGCGAAGGUGGCGAAUUAAGAGUCGUAAACACACUGUAGGCACCUACGACUGGGCGGAGAGAGGGUUAACUAGUUCAUAAGCCCCACAGUCCCACGUAAACAGUGAAAGAAGGGUUUUAAACAGCGCCCUAAACCCCCGUAAGGUCCCGUGUGUGUGGGCGCAGCGAGGCGGGAGGAGAUGGAGCCCUCGCCGGCUAAGGGUAAAGCACAGGGUCGCCUUCUGGUGUCCACCAGCCUGGACGCCAAAGAUGAGCUGGAGGAGCGCCUGGAGAGGUGUGUGAGCAUCACCACGUCUAUAACCAAUGGGCUGUCAGAGCGGGAAGCCAAUGAUGCCAUCACUGCUCAUGUGUGUAAGGGUCCACAGCAGCAUGAGGAGGUGUGUCUGGGUCUCUUCGCGCUUCUGCUCACAGAGCCCCCACAAGCACAGAGGUGCUACAGGGACCUGACGUUAGUGAAUCGGGAUGGCAUGAACGUGGUACUCAUGAAAAUCAACCAGAUCCUCAUGGAAAAGUUUCUUAAGCUGCAGGACGUGUGCCGCACGCAGCUGGUGUGGUUGGUCAGAGAGCUGGUGAAGAGCGGAGUCAUUGGAGCAGAUGGGGUUCUCAUGACGCUCAUGAAACAGAUCGCUGGGGGAGACAUCUCCAACAAAAACCUGUGGUUGGCAGAGAACGUGUUGGAGAUCUUAGUGGACCAGAGAGAGUGGGUGCUGAAGAGUGGGAUGUUAGUGGCCAUGUCUGUGUACACAUACCUGAGGCUCAUAGUGGACCAUGGGACGCCAAACCUGCUGUCCCUCAGACAGAGAGAGGUGGACUUCUGCAUCGGACUGCUUAGAGAGAGGUUCAUGGAGUGUUUUAUCAUGGGGAGGGAUCUCGUCAGACUCUUACAGAAUGUGGCUCGUAUUCCUGAGAUGGAUUUGCUGUGGCGAGACCUGCUGCACAAUCCUCAGACCCUUAGUCCACAGUUCACAGGUAUAUUGCAGCUCCUCACCUCUAGAACCUCACGCAAGUUUCUGGCCUGCCGACUCACCCCUGACAUGGAGACCAAGCUGCUGUUCAUGACCUCAAGGGUUCGGUUUGGCCAGCAGAAGCGCUAUCAGGACUGGUUUCAGCGGCAGUAUCUGUCCACAGCUGAGAGCCAAUCACUGCGCUGUGACCUCAUUCGUUAUAUAUGUGGUGUGGUUCAUCCAUCCAAUGAAGUGCUGAGCUCUGACAUUUUGCCGCGCUGGGCGAUUAUUGGCUGGCUCCUGACUACCUGCACGUCUAAUGUUGCUGCAUCUAAUGCCAAACUGGCCUUGUUCUAUGACUGGCUCUUCUUCAACCCUGAGAAAGACAGCAUCAUGAACAUUGAGCCAGCCAUUUUGGUGAUGCAUCACUCCAUGAAGCCACAUCCUGCUAUUACAGCCACACUUCUGGACUUCAUGUGUCGGAUCAUCCCAAACUUUUUUCCUCCUCUUGAAGUUCAAGUGCGGCAGGGUGUCUUCAACUCUCUCAACUUCAUCAUGGAGAAGAGAGUUCUGGCUCAUCUAGCACCUCUGUUUGACAACCCCAAACUGGACCGUGAGCUACGGUCUAUGCUGAGAGAACGCUUCCCAGAGUUCUGCAGUUCCCCGUCACCGCCCACAGAAGUGAAAAUGGAGGAAUCUGUUCCCUUGGAGAUGGACAAUCAUGUGCUUGAUAAAGAGGAUGGUUGCUAUGACACCACAGAUGCUACCUUCAGUGAUGAUGAGGAAGAGUUGAACAACAAGGGUAAAAAACGAGAGUUCAAGUUCCAACAGCUCAAGGAAACCUACAUCGAAGAACCUGCUGACAUCACACCUUUCGUGGACCAAUUGGACGAGGCGCUUAAAGAGAGGGUUCUCCAGCUGCAGAAAGGGAGUGACACAGAAACACACUGCGAGGUCAUGCAGGAAAUUGUGGAUCUUAUUUUAGAGGAGGAUUUUGACUCCGAGCAGAUGUCCACUCUAGCUUCCUGUCUGGCUGAACUGUUUAAGAGUCACUUUAGAGGAGAUGUGUUACCGGAGGAGAUCACAGAAGAGUCGCUGGAGGAUUCCGUGUGUAAGCCGGUGUGUCUGAUCUUCAGGAACUUGUGUCAGAUGCAGGAAGACAACAGUGGCUUCUCUGUUCUGCUGGACCUGCUCGCUGAGCUCUACCAGAAACAGCCGAAAAUCGGUUAUCAUCUUCUCUACUACCUCAAAGCCAGCAAAGCAGCAGCGGGGAAGAUGAGUCUGUACGAAUCGUUUGCUCAGGCCACGGCUCUGGGUGACCUGCACACCUGCUUGAUGAUGGACAUGAAGGCCUGUCAGGAGGAUGACGUGAGGCUACUGUGCUAUCUAACCCCCUCCAUCUAUUCAGAGUUCCCAGAUGAAACCCUGCGUAGUGGAGAGCUCCUCAACAUGAUCGUAGCUGUCAUUGAUUCAGCACAGCUUCAGGAGCUGAUGUGUCACGUGAUGAUGGGUAAUCUGGUCAUGUUCCGUAAAGACUCGGUCCUCAACAUCCUCAUUCAGUCUCUGGACUGGGAGACAUUUGAGCAGUACAGCACAUGGCAGCUUUUCCUGGCACACAGUAUCCCUCUGGAUACCAUCACCCCCAUUUUACAGCACCUCAAAUACAAGGAGCAUCCUGAGGCUCUAUCCUGCCUGCUGCUGCAGUUACGCAGGGAAAAAAGGCCGAGUGAGGAGAUGGUGAAGAUGGUGCUGAGCCGACCCUAUCACCAAGAGGAUCAGUUCACCACCAGCAUCCUGCGGCACUGGGCGGCUAAACACGACGACCUGCUGGGAGAACACAUCAAAGCCCUGCUCAUCAAGAACAACAACAUGCCCCGUAAACGACAGAGCUUGAGGAGCUCCAGCAGUAAACUGGCUCAGCUGACCCUGGAACAGAUGCUGGAACAUUUGGACAGUUUGAGACUCAAUCUCAGCAACACCAAGAACAACUUUUUUUCCCAGACACCCAUAUUACAGGCCCUGCAGCAUGUUCAGGCCAGCUGCGAUGAGGCCCACAAAAUGAGGUUCAGUGAUCUUUUCUCAUUGGCUGAAGAAUAUGAGGAUUCCUCCAAACAGCCUAAAUCUCGACGCAAAGCCCCUGCGUCAUCGCCACGGUCCCGCAAGGGUGCGGCUCCUCAACCCUGCAAUGAAGAGGAGAGCGCAUCCAGCAGCGCUUCGGAGGAAGAGGACUCCAAACCCAAAGCUCCCAAGAGGAAACGGAAAGGCUCAUCUGCAGUAGGUUCUGACAGCGACUGAGAGGACAAAUCCUCAUCCUCAUGCCAACCACACCCAGCAUAACCACGCCCCCUCUGUGAUUGUGUCGUCACUGGAGAAUACCUGUCAAUCAUCGACUCCAGCCAAUCGGGGACAGCCUGUCCAAACACUCUCCUACUGUAGAGGCAGAACUCUUUCUCUGGACUCAAAUGCAGAGGAGCCUGGGAGACAAGCCUCUAUCUCUAACCACUGCACUGCUCGCAGUGCUCGGCUAUUUUAAGCCUGAGAGUUUGGUUAAGUGCAAGGAUGGGCGCAGUGGGGGCGGCUAAGCCUGGAAAAUCUAAACCCAGACUGGCAGAUGUACAAACAAGACAGACUGCCUUAACAAAGAGGGUUAUUUAAUGUUCCGCAAUGGCCCAUCCAUAAAAAUUCAUGGUAAUGUACUUCAAAGAACGAUUACCCACUAACCAUAGUGAACCCGGACUGUAACAUGAAGUACAGGGAUCUUAAACUGAUUAAAGAUUUUACUGCAUUUGGAGGUUCAUUUUGGAAUGGUGGAGAGCAGAUAGGGGCCUUCAGGUUCAAGCCUUUUAUCUUUUCAUAUUGAACAGACCUUUCCCAUGCCCAUCAUUAAUAAAGAUUGACACUCUGUCCUGUUUGGACACUGUGGCUCUGCAGAGUGGAGCCGGAGACUUCUCAGAGGGUCUGUGAGUUUUUAUCUCAUGUUUGAAAUGCACAGAGCUGCAGAAAGCAGGACCGUACAAAUGGAGGACUUGACUUGGACUUUUUAAAGAAUUCUUUCUACUGACUUAUUUUCAUAAAAACAGAUUGUAACUAUGUUAAAGGACUAUGAUAUUAAUAAAAAAGGGCGGAAAAAGUUUGGUUUUCUUACCAAAA